AUGUUCCGCGUCGAACUCCUCCCCCAUUCCGGCGCAGCAGCCCAGCCCGGCUGGACCUACGUGGCCGACCGGGGCUUCGACCCAUCAAAAGCCGCAAUGGCGCCGACGCUCGGCCGGAAACGCGGCAUUCGCGACGCCGGCAAAGGCGGCGACAUCUCUUCGCGACGAGCGAACGCCAUCAUCCGCCACCUAGCGGAGCUGGAUCGCGAGAACCAGAGUGACGUGCAGAUUCCCGUGCCCGUGAAGCAAGCAAAGGAGGCCGGUUCGCGCGGCACGCGAGCAAAGACAACCUCCAACGUACGCCGCAUCCUACAAUCACAAAAGACGUUCCGGAAUCACCUUGACGAUGAAGAAGCUGCGAUCGCUGCUGGAGGAGGUGGUGUUAGUGCAACGGUGGGCGGGGGAACUAUGACCGCUGCGGCAGCCAAGGCCAGCAGGGCUGCAAUUGCAGCCAGACGGAGCUCGACACCAGCGACGGUUCCGUCUGCGCCUGCAUCAAAGAAGAAGCGCACUGCUCCCACGGCGACAGCGACUUCGACACCCACACCUGCGCCUUCACAACCCGAGACAACGGAUGCAGAGGCCGAAGACGAGACCUCUGAACGGAAGCCGAAGCUGAUCAAGACCGAGAACGAUAACGACCCCCUCUUGCGCUCGUACGCACCAACCAUGCCGUCGGAUCGGAUCAUGCAGCGGCUUCUCGCGGAACCGCCCCUAUCAUAUAACGCGUCGCGUGCAGGGCCGCCCAUAUCGGCACGGCCGCCGCGGGCUUUCUGCUGCAUGUGUGGGUACUGGGGAAAGAUUCGGUGCAAGAGCUGUCAUCUGCGGACAUGUGGACUUGAAUGUUAUCGGGUCCAUGAGGACUCGCGGUGUGGAGCGUUCUUCUAA